AUGUCUGAAGAAUUCCAAAAAUCUACUGGGGAACACAAAGAGCCCUUCACGAAGAGACUCUUCGAACACCAUCAUUAUCACGACGAUCAGAAUCAGGAUGAUGGCACACAGCAGGGUGGCAAAAAAGAUAACGGGUGGUCUACUCAUGAGGACAAGUUAGAGGGUUAUAAGAAGAGUUUGAAGAAGGAUGAGGAGAGACUCAAGAAUUACUAUGACGAGGAUAAGGCUAUGGAGGAAGAGGGUGGUACCUACGGCGGGUUGAUGUAA